GGGGGAGGGUCCAUCGCCAAGCCAAGCGCCGACUCCCCCGCAUCUUGUCAAGCGAGACUGCAUAAUAAUCGUGGAGAUUAAAGGAUGUCUGGAGCCUAUUCAUCGGCCUUGGCCUGUGAAAAAGAGAGAUGGGGACAUGUUUGAGACCGAGGUCAAGCCGAAGUGCCAUUCGGCAGUUGUGAGCCUUAACCAUCUAUCGAUAAAGUAUAUAAAUCCGCCUGCAAGGGACUUUAAUAUGAAGGUGUCUAGGCAGUCAAUUCCGAAGUGUGAAAAAAGCAUCAUGCUUACUGCUUUCCUGAUCGUAAUUACCUCCGCCCUCGGCGCCCUCGCCACCCCAUGGCACCCAAACCCGGACCGCCCACUCGCUCUGACCACCAACGGCCUUAUCUACGGCAAAACAAGCGCACUCCCCAACUCGACCGUGCAAGUAAAUACCUUCCUCGGCAUCCCCUUUCCCCCCCCCCCCCCCCCCCUCCCNCGCCCACCCGCUUCUCCCCUCCCCGCCCGCCCCGCCGCAGGCUAGUCCCCUUCUCCGCAACAUCCUACGGCCCCGCCUGCAUCCAACAAUUCAACUACCCCGAAGCAUCGCGAAACCAAACAAUCGCAUUCUUCAACACACCUCCUCCACCAGCGGGCGAAAGCGAAGAUUGUCUGACGCUAAAUAUCUGGGCGCCGUCGGGGAAGAGUAAAGAUGGGAAGCCACGCGCGGUCUUGUUUUGGUUGUAUGGUGGCGCGCUCAUGUUCGGAUCGGGGUCGUUGAAAGGCUACGAGGGGACGAGCUUUGUUGUCAAUCAGGAUGUGGUGCUUGUGACGAGUAAUUAUCGGACGAAUGUUUUUGGGUUUCCAGGGGCGGUUGCGGAUCUUCCCCCGAAUGAGAGGAAUCUAGGUUGGCUCGACCAACGCCUCGCCCUCGACUGGGUCCGACGCAAUAUCCACGCCUUCGGCGGCGACCCGAAACGCGUCACAAUCUUCGGCGAAAGCGCUGGCGGCGCGAGUGUCGAUGCACUCAUCACUACCCCUCCAAAGCCUCUCCCCUUUCACGCGGCGAUUAUGCAGUCUGGCGACUCAUCCAUCAACGACCGCGCAGACGAUAGCGGCACCUCAUGGAAGAGGCUCGUCGAGCUCGCGAGCUGUGCUCACAGUAGGGAUACCCUCCGCUGCAUGCGUCGUCUGGCCGCACUGAGGAUCAAGGAGAUCCUUGAGCGGAAUGCGCUGAGUUUUGGGCCCGUCCAUGAUGGCGUGACCUACGCCGCGCAUCCGCAGCGACGGCGGCUGAAUUCAACAGAGGCGAAACCACUCAUUGCGCGUGUCCCGCUGAUUAUCGGAUCGAAUGCCAGAGAUGCAUGGCCACUUGUUUCUGCGGAGCUGAACAACACAGAGGCCUACCUCCGCGCGAGCUUCCCAACAUUCACCGACGCGCAACGACAAGAACUCCUAUCGGCGUACCCCAUAUCCGCCAGCUCUGGCAUCCGCUCGCCGUCCGAACAAAUCGCCGUAAUCGCUACAGAAUACGGCUUCCAAUGCCCCAGCAAACUCAUCGCGGACGCUACGUCCGACAUUGGUGCACCAGCAUGGCGAUACUAUUUCAACGCGAGUUUCCCGAAUACGCAGAUCUUCCCAGGGAGUGGCGCCUAUCACUCUUCGGAGAUCGGGCUUGUCUUUGGGACGUAUCGUCAGCAGGGGGCAACGCCGUUUCAGGGGGAGAUGAGUAGAUUUAUGCAAAAGGCUUGGGCGGAUUUUGCAAAGGAUCCCGCUGCGGGGCCAGGGUGGGGUGGGGUUACGGAUGUUGGGGUUCUUGGGGGCUGGGGAGGGAAUGGGCCGAAACCUGUUGUGGCGGUGGGUGAGGAGGUGAUUGAUAGCAGGUGUGCGUUGUUUGAGGAGUUGUAUGUAGGCGUGGUUUAG